AUGCACCGCCUGGGCAGCCUGCGGUCCCUUCACAGGCUGUCGUCGACGACACCCGACCGUUAUGUUGGCCCUUGGCCCCGCCAAAAGAGCCCACCCAUGCGCCGCAAGUACCCUCAGUUCGUCGCCCAGCCCCUCUUGCUCGACCUGAUCGCCGAGGAUGUUCCAAGUGUGAGGAACUAUGAUCCCGACGUCGAUGGCGUCCCAGAGCACGACGGCGCAAAGGAAUACCGCCGCCAAGCCGCCCUCGAGCAGCGCAUUGCCGCCUUUGAGGCCGAGCACGCAGAGGACGAGGCCACAUUCCAGCACUCGAUAGCAAGCAGCCAUUCAUGGCGCAUCAACGACUGCGACGUUCUCGCCGCCGCCCUCGCCGGCCUCUCGACCGCCCCAUCUAACAAGCCGGCACCGCCGCCCGGUUUUACAGACUCUCUAUUAGCAAAGAAUGGCAUCCCUCGAUACGCGAGGCACGCCACUUUCAAAGCUAUCCCCUACAUGCUCCGCAGAAAGAAGCAGGCCUCCAAGCUCGUGUCCUCCCUUGAUCCUGCUGGGCAACUCGAACAGCACAGGGAACAAAUCCGGAGCUGCCUCCACUUCGACAGGUUGAAACGAACCGUACAGCACAUGUUGCAUCGCCCCGGUGGAGGCCCGCUUACUGCCGACCUCAGCAACGACAUCGGGGACGCCCUCGCUCGCAUUGCCGUUCGCCCCGAGCCGCCGCAUCCGUUCGAUGUGCUAGCUUUUUCCAACAAUGUGUUCCUGAACCUUUCAUCUCGGGGCCUACCAGUCGGGGAAAGGUUCAAAGACUUUGCCCUCCCCUUAGCAGUCCAAUGUUCUGCCUUGUCGGUGGCUCGAAUGUACCUGGCGCCAGAGCCGGAAGCGCAUGGUCCUGGCCUCAGUUUGAUCAACCGCCUUGCCAACGCAUUGGAGGCGAUAUCUGAGUCUUUCGAUACGGCGUCGGCAGGCAGGAACGACCCCGCGACUCUGGCAGAUAUACAGCGCCGUCGCGUCGAGGUCUUCGGCUUCUUGACCGGUACGGAUAUCAGUGGACAGGUCUCACCUUUUUCGUUAAGACACAUGGUGCAGGAUAUCAAAUGCACAAGCACGGCUGACUUAGUUGUGAUGGACUCCGGCCGGACAGCAUUGAAGCAUUUCAUCCACAUACUAGGGGAACUAGGCGCCUUGAGGACCUUGUGGUAUACUAAUCAGUGGUUAUCGGCGCCAACCGCCGCGAGAAGCAGCGAUAAUACUCAGACAGAUGGAAACACGUCCUCAAACACAUCUUCAAAACCGGGAGAAGACAAGGCAGAUAGUGGAUCUCUCGUGGGAUCAGAAGAGUUCGUCCACGCCUUGGUGCGAACUUUGAACGCUAUAUUGAGUCAUCGAAUCUCGCUCACGGCGUUCGACCAAGGAAGCGCGACAGGCAUACUUGAGGAAGAUUUACUACUCGACUUGCGUGCAAUUGGGCUGUCUACAAAGAGCCACUCUGUUUCGCAUCUCGGUGCGUCUCACUCAAGAGACAACACACCAAUGGCCGAUUACUUGGCCAGAGAGGACUCGAGUUUUCGCAGGGGAGUACUGGACGCGUUCAGUAAGCCUACUAUCGAGGGCUUCAUGGAGGCGGUUUGGACUGUGUUGAAACAGGAAGCGACUUGGCAGAAGCGCCACAGGACCAAUUGA